AAUGCAUAUCUCCGGCAAUGGAAAUGCAAGUUCAAGGACUACAUAAAUUCACUCAUGAUCAGAGAAGCCCCACCAGCCAACCGACUUUGCUCAGUCUGCAAGAAGGAUGGGGUGUAUAGAUGUCAUGGCUGUUUCAAUGAGCCACUCUUUUGCACAGACUGUUGCAGAAUUCAACAUCAAAGACAUCCAUUCCAUCGCAUCAGUCAAUGGACCGGAUCAUUUUUUCAAGAAACUUCACUCAUUAAAGUUGGCCUGCACAUUCACCUUGCUCACGACGGCACUCCAUGUCCCAGCAGCACCGAUGACUCAUCAGACUUUUUUCAGUGGUCAGAUACCGAUGACAAUAUAGAUGACGAUUAUCCAGAAGGACCUUUCAUUCAACCGGUCAGAGACUCAGAUCGUCUGGCAAUAACUGUAGUAGACAAGUCCGGCGUUCACUCCCUUUCCAUAUGUUAUUGCCAAUGCCCCGGUGCUCUCAGCCGAGACAUACAGCUCUUUCAAGCAGGCUUGUUUCCGGUGUCUUUCACCAGACCAAAAACUGCAUUCACAUUCGCUGUCUUGGACGACUUUCUGUUAGACAAUCUCGAGUGCGGUACAUUGGCCAUGAAUUACUACAGCAAAAUUCGCAGACUCACCUCUAGCAUCUUUCCACUGAUGGUUCCGGAUCGCUAUAGAGAGCUCAUGAGAGCUGCCAGGCAGUGGCGACAAUGCAAGCUCUACAAGUGGCAUGGAUUUGCCCACAAAGAUGACCAGCCAAAGGAUGGUGAUCUUGCCCUAUUUUGUCCGGCAUGUCUGCAACCGGGUAUAAACUUGGACCUGUCUACUGGUACAGUCGCCCAGCCCGACGAUACACCUUCCUGGCUCAUGACUAGGUAUUUGGUCAUGCAUGGCAAUUUCAAAGCCGAGCACAUGCAUCCGGUGAAUCCAUCCAAUGAAGUAUCAUUAAUGGAUGGUCUGGGGUUCAUGGUCUCCAAUGAAAGAUACAAGAGCCAUUUGGCCAUUGCUCAAGACAAUGUCCAAAGGUCAGAUUGCAAUAAUCACUGGGCAGUAAAUCAAGCAAACGCCUCGCGGCAAAGGCUGGAAGCCACCGGUAUAGGAGGAUGUGCAUGUGCAUGGCAUGGAUGUUUUGUCCCACAUUCCAUGGUCGACUUUCAGAAAGGCGAAAGGUCAAUGAACAUGGACUAUGCAUUAAGUCAAGCUCUCAACUAUAAGACCAAUGGAAUCUCUCGAGCCAUCACUUUCUACGACAUAGAUUGUCAGUAUAACAAGUAUUUGAAGGACCGGAUCGCUUCCAGCAUGUAUCUUUCCAUCCCCAUAGGUAUGGAUAUCAUUCCUGGAAUCGGUUUGUGGCAUGUACAUGGACAUCAAGACAACUGCUUUGUCCGGUAUGCAUCAAAUUUUAUCCAUGGGACCAGCCGGAUAGACGGAGAGAUCAUGGAAACCCUCUGGGCACCUUUGAAUAUAAUAUCUCCAUCGGCCAGGGGCAUGGGAACUCUCCAUCGCAAGGAGGUAUUGGAUUAUCAGAUGAAUGAUUGUAAUUUCAUGAAAAUGAUUCGUAUAACUAAGUUUCUGUCCAGAAAAUUGAAAGAGGCCAUCAAGGGGGCUUCGGAAAGCAAACUUGCUUUUGAUAAUCUUAACGAGACCGCCAACCCCGACAUGGUAGUUCUUUGGAAGGCAGAAGAGGCAUUGGCUCAUGCAAACAGAGCAGAGGAUCCUAUGGCUAUGGACAUCUAUGAGGUCCGGUUGGAAAGGGGCAAGUCGCCAACAAAGAAACAGCAGGAAUUGCGCCUGUUGCAGGCUCAAAAUCGCCCUGAACAUCCGGUCAUCAACCCUCCCGGUCAACGAGGAGCCGCCACUUGGCUCGCAACCGGUCUUACCAUAGAGGAAUCCCAAAUAUCUCUCUGCAAGGAUGUGAGAAGUUUGCGAAUGCACCCAAUGGACAUGCAACUGUUGAGAGUGGCUCGAUGCCGGGAUAAGCUUCACACUCAGAUCAUGAGCUUUCUUGAGAUGUCACCUACUUAUCUCAGAGUCGGAGUCAAUGUCAAUGAC